CACACUGUGUGUUUAUUACGAGUCUAGAAGUGGCACAUGGAAGCGAUACAGUGAAAUCCGUCUCUAAAUAUGGCGAAACCUCCUGGCACUGACACCUCACGCAUCAGCCGAGAAGUUUUUUUCGCAUUUUGCAUUUAGUUACGGCGGAGAGAUUAGUUGCCAUAUUUUCUGCACGUAUAUUUGCGCUUGUAUCAACUAGUUUCACCAUAUGGGUUUUCUGUUACCACACAUGCAACUGUAAAUGCGGCAGCGCCGGCGACUCCCGUCUGAUCCGAUCUGACUCUCACAGCUGGAUAUUAUCGCCUCUACAAGACAAACUCUCUGGAGCUGAAGACAGUGCUUUAGUUCAGCAGGACAGACUGAGAUGGAAGAGCUGUCACAGGCGCCAGUAAGCGAAUAUAUUCAUUGAAUUAGACGCGAUGGCAGCUUCCAGUAACUCAAGUCUGUCGGGUUCCUCCGUUUCUUCCGAUCCUGAAGAUUAUCAGCCACCAAUUUGGAAAUCCUACUUGUACCAGCUACAGCAGGAAGCGCCAAGACCAAAGAGGAUCACAUGUCCUCGAGAGAUGGAGAGCAGACCCAAGUACUAUGGUAGAGAGUUCCAUGGUUUGAUUUCCAGAGAGGAUGCAGAUGAACUGCUGGCAGGCAUCGAGGGUGCUUACCUCAUCAGAGAAAGUCAGAGACAACCAGGAACUUACACACUUGCCUUGAGAUUCGGGUGCCAGACUCUGAACUAUCGGCUCUUUUAUGAUGGAAAGCACUUUGUUGGAGAGAAGCGUUUCGAGUCUGUUCAUGAUUUGGUUACAGACGGUCUCAUCACUCUAUAUAUCGAGACCAAGGCAGCUGAGUACAUUGCUAAGAUGACCACAAACCCCAUUUACCAGCACCUGGGCUACACUUCUCUCCUGAAGGACAACAUCAGUCACCGUCUCAGCCGAGCCCGCUCGGAGACAAAAAGAGUUACUUUCCAACAGGAUGAUAAGAUUUCACCAUCGCCGCUGAGCAGACGCACCACACUCAAGGACGGACCAGAGAAACACUGCCACUAUGAGAAGAUGCACAACUUUAAGGUGCACACCUUCAGAGGGCCACAUUGGUGUGAAUACUGUGCUAACUUCAUGUGGGGUCUCAUCGCCCAGGGCGUCCGUUGUUCAGACUGCGGGUUGAAUGUGCACAAACAGUGCUCCAAACUAGUACCCAGCGACUGUCAGCCAGACUUACGCAGAAUCAAGAAGGUCUUCAGCUGCGACCUCACCACGCUGGUCAAAGCCCACAACACUCCACGACCGAUGGUUCUGGAAAUGUGCAUCAAAGAGAUCGAGGACCGAGGGAUACAAUCUGAGGGACUUUACAGGGUGUCUGGCUUUACAGAACACAUUGAAGAUGUCAGGCUGGCCUUUGAUAGAGAUGGUGAGAAAGCAGACAUCAGUGCCAAUAUUUACCCAGACAUCAACAUUAUCGCUGGAGCAAUGAAGCUUUAUCUGCGAGAUCUUCCUAUUCCAGUUAUCACCUACGACGUUUACUCCAAAUUCAUACUGGCAGCCAAAAUACCAGACCCUGACUCUAGACUGGAGGCAGUUCAUGAUGGCCUUCUUCAGCUUCCCCCAGCCCACUACGAGACCCUGCGAUAUCUGAUGACACAUUUAAAGAGGGUCACCAUGUGUGAGAAAGACAAUUACAUGAAUUCAGAGAACCUAGGAAUUGUCUUUGGACCGACGCUUAUGCGGCCACCCGACCAGAACACUCUCACCACUCUCAAUGACAUGAGAUACCAGAAACUCAUCGUUCAGCUCUUGAUAGAGCACGAGGACAUUCUGUUUUAACAGGCUAAAUGUAAGAAAUUUAUGUCGAGAGGAAUGAAUACAAAAAUGAACGUGAAAUGAAAUUAUUUUACAACAGAAAUUGAAGAGAUUCUGUUUUUAUCAGAUCCAUAAUUGAACUUUAUUACACAUUUCACUCAAUGUGUUUUCCAGUAAAAUAUGAAGAAAAAGCUGUUACACAAGUAUAAACUGUAUUCAGCAUUCAUGCUGAAGACUACUGAACAAAUCAUUUUAUUUGGUCAAGUAAAUUAGUAGAGAACAUUAUUCUCACUGAUGACAGAUAUAAAAAAUGCAUUGACCUUAAUGGGCCACUUGAUCCAUGACUCUAUGGUUGGUCAAGAGCAUUUAUAAAUUUUGUGAAACUGUGGUCAAGUAUAUAUAAAAAUAUAUAUUUUUGGGUCAUGAUGUUGUUAAAUGUAUGUGCUAUAACGACCAGGCCAUCAAUGUGAAGCACUUUUUAGUUUUACAAAGAGUGUAAAUAGUUGUCAUAUUUUUGUUCAGCGUUGUGAAAAACCAUGUAUUUUUGUUGACCAUAAAAACAAUAGACCGGUCUACAUCAACACAGUUUCACUCAACACAAUUGUUCAGCCAGCAUUUUUUUUGUGCUUAUCUCUACCCUUGGACUUAAAGCUCUGCUACCAUUUGAAGAAUGACACUAAACAAAAUUGUUUGUAUUCGUCUCUGACAUGCACUUCAGGGCCUGAAAGCUGGAGGCAAGAUCAGUCGUUCACCACCCAUGAAAACAAAAAUGCACACACAAACGGUACCAUUUCCUGGGUCUAUUGGUUGUUAAUUGAUAUGUCAUUUCUACAAUUUUGUUUUGUAAAGAUAUUUUCUGUGACGAAUGUAAUUUUGAUUGUAAUUUAUCAAAUGCUGAUUUAUUAAAUUAUGUGAAUAUGUUUUUCUA